UUUGGCUCAUAGGGUUAGAGGCAACUUAGCACCAGCAGCACAGAUCCUUUCAUCAUGGGCGAGUUCACGAUCCGCACUCGGAAGUUCCAGAGCAACCCUUUGCUGGGCCGCAAGCAGUUCGUGCUGGACAUCAUCCAUCCCGGCAUGGCCAACGUGUCCAAGAAGGAUCUGGCGGACAAGCUCAAGAGCAUGUACAAGGUCCACGACGCGCAGUGCAUUCAGCUCUUCGGCUUCAAGACCGCCUUCGGCGGCGGCCGCAGCUCCGGCUUCGGCCUCAUCUACGAGAACCUCGAGAAGCUCAAGAAGUUCGAGCCGAAGUACCGGCUGAAGCGUACCGGCAUCGCCGGUGAGAAGACCGGGCCAGGACGCCGAGCCAAGAAGGACAACAAGAACAGGGCGAAGAAGGUGCGGGGCAAGGACAAGGCCAAGGCGACCAAGAAGUGAGUCGUUUCCGAGAAGUGGACGGGUGUGCGUUGCCGAACGGAGAA